AUGCAUGUCAUGACGGAAAUUGAGGCGGCGACUGACGACGAUCUUGCGCUACUCUGUUGCAUUGCCCGCAGCGACGUGUUUGCUCAAGCUGCAGCUGCAACCAUCGACCGUCCUUCCUUGCCAUUCCUUGCCGACAGACUUUGCAACAUCAUGGCGACAAAGGUGGGCAUCAACGGAUUCGGCCGUAUCGGACGCAUGGUCUUCCAGGACACGGAAUGGGGUUUCGGUAUCCAUUCCAGCCACCCUGAAGGCCGGGAGUCGCUGCCGGAGGGACUUUGCGCUGUCUUGUGCAAGCACCGUGAGGCCAUUCAGUCGAUUCGCCAGCAACAGGUUGGUAUCCUCAAAUCGCUGUCGGAUCUGGAGGACACCUGGUUGCAGUCUGUGGCCUUGCAAGGCUUUGAGGCCCGUCUUGACGAGGAGACGAAAGGGGAGAUGGCUGGCACUCCCAGUGAGGAUGGUGAGGCCCGGCCCCGACAGACCUUUGCAAGCAUGGCCAUGGUGACGGAAGCGACGGAGAAUCUGGAAGCCCGCCGAGACAGCAGCAUCAAGAACCCGGAGGUCUCCCGCCUUCUGGCGAGGAUCAAGGAGCAGAACACCCGAUCACUGCUAGAUCCGCCGUCGGUGGAGGAAGGUUUCUGGCCGCAUCUCCGCUUCCAUUGCCAGCGUCUCGUCGAUGCAGUUUGGUUCGAGUGCUUCGUCUCCAUGGUGAUUGUGGUGAACUCAGUACUGAUCGGCUUGGAAACAGAGAUGUCUUUGAACGGCCAAGACCAGACCUGGGCGCAUGGUGCCGAGAUGGCGUUUCUCUUCAUCUAUGCUGUGGAGAUCCUCGUCCGUUCCAUUGCCCAGCAGUGGGCUUGCUUACGAGAUUGGUGGUUCCUUUUUGACUUCUUCUUGGUGCUCGGGGCUUGUGCAGGGCAGCUGGCACUUGCAUGGACCGGGGAGUCGGCCGAACAAAUCAUGGUCCUUCGGCUCCUGCGCUUAAUGCGGCUAGCUCGCAGCGUGCGCAUGAUCAAGCAGAUUCGAUCGAUUUUUCGGCUCGUCUACGGACUGAUCACCUGUGGCGAAACCAUCUUCUCCACCUUUGCCCUGCUUUCACUCGUCAUCUACGUCUUCGGCGUGCUUGGUGCUGAGGUCAUCGCAAGCAACACAGAACUCCAGGACAACCCUGCGACUGGCCCGAUCAUUACAAACCACUUUUCCUCGUUGGGCAUGACGAUGAUGAUGUUGACACAGUUCGUUACGAUGGACUCCAUUGCUUCUGUCUACAAGCCACUGAUCUUGCAGGAGCCUCUGCUGCUGCUCUACUUCUUGCCUCUCGGGGCCAUCGUGUCCAUCGCGCUCAUGAACUUGAUCACGGCUGUUCUCGUGGAAGGUGCACUUGAGAGUGCCCGACAAGAUCGCGAAGAGGAGCGCAAGAUGGAAAGUAUCACCACGAAGCAGAUGAUGCCGGAGAUCGUGAGAAUCUUCGACACACUAGACGCAGAUGGGAAUGGCGAGAUCGACAUCCAGGAAAUGGCCCGCUUUGAUAAGCCAGGCAAAGGCGGGGGCAGUGGCAUCAACCGGCGGAUCUUAGACCGAGCUGCGGUGGACAGCAUGGAGGAGCUUUUCAAGAUUUUGGACGUAGACAGCUCUGGGCGGGUUUCUCGCAUGGAGUUUGAGGAAGGUUUGCUGAACAUCUUCCUCCGUGAGGUGCCUGUGUCGUCGCUCCAGAUCCUGAAGAUGAUCCGGCUCCUCCGCGAUUCCAUCGGCGAGCUGCAUGCAGAACUGAGGAAGCUCCGCAGCCCGGGUCAUGAAUUUGUAUAA